AUGCAUUUUAAGUUUUAUCUAUUACUAUACACCCAUCUGUUCUUCAUUCACUACUCAGAUGCAUUUAACAUCACAACGAUUUUAAGCCAAUACCCAUCUUUCAGUAUCUUCAAUCGUUAUCUUUCUGAAACAAACGUGUCAUCAGAGAUCAAUUCACGCCAAACUAUAACAGUGUUGGCUGUAUCUAAUGAUGAUGAAUUGCGUUUAUCUGGAAAACAUCAAAAUGAUAUGCUUGAUGAUAUCAUGAGGGUUCAUGUUGUUCUUGAUUAUUUUGAUGUUGAAAAGCUACAUAAUUUGCAAAACGGAACUACACAAAUGACAACACUAUUCCAAACCACUGGUCGAGCCCUUGGCGAACAGGGUUUCUUGAAAGCUACGGUUUCCAAGACUGGAAAUGUUGUCGUUAGUCCGGCGACUAGUGGAGUCCCUGUUGGGGCUAUUUUGGUAAAUUCAGUGUUCGCUGAGCCGUUCAACAUAUCGGUGCUUCAUAUUAGCACUGAGAUCGUCCCACUCGGGAUGAAUUUUCCGGUUGUUUCUGAUCCAAAUUCAAGUUCUCGGGUUGUCUCGCUGGCCCCUACCCCAAAAAUGUCAAAACCACCUGUGUACACGCCACGAUGUCGCCAUAAAGUGGCCCCAUCUCGUGCGAAAUACUCCGCACCUUCUCCAAAUCCACAUGGAGAAUCACCACGUGAGGGCGCAUCAACUGCACCCUCAAGUGGUUCUGCAAAUGCACCAGCAUUUGCAGAAUCAAGCACCGUUGUUGUCUCCUAA